CAAUACAUUGGAAAAAUCUCGUAAACAGAUUUCGGAAAAUAGGUUACCCGCCAUUUUUUUUUAUUCAAUGUUGUGAGACCUAACGCCAAACUCACGCUGUCGCUGUGUAGUUGUAAAUUUAUUAUUAGCUUAUGAGUUGGGGGAAUGAAAAAUAAUGGAUUUUUUGGAAUAUAAUGAUAUUUCAGCAGAAGUUAAGGGGUCAAUGUGUCCCGGCCGGCUCAAGCUGACGGACCAGCACGUCAUCUUCAAGAACAGCAAGACGGGCAAGGUGGAGCAGAUCUCGGCGUCCGACAUCGACCUGGUCAACUGGCAGCGUCUCUUCGGGGGCUUCGGCAUUCGAGUGUUCCUCAAGAAUGGCACGCUGCACCGCUUUGGCGGCAUCAAGGAAGGGGAGCAGGACAAGAUAGCCAAGUUCUUCUCGGCCAACUACAAGCUGGACAUGCUGGAGAAGGAGCUGUCCUUGAAGGGCUGGAACUGGGGCACGGCCAAGUUCCUGGGCUCCGUGCUGAGCUUCGACGUGGGCAGCCACACGGGCUUCGAGAUCCCCCUGAACCACGUGUCGCACUGCACCACCGGCAAGAACGAGGUCACCCUGGAGUUCCACCAGAACGACGAGGCCGCAGUGAACCUGAUGGAGAUGCGCUUCCACAUCCCGUCGUCGGAGCUGGCGGGUGACGUGGACCCAGUGGAGGCCUUCCACCAGCAGGUGAUGAAGCAAGCCAGCGUGAUCAGCCUAUCCGGUGACGCUAUUGCCACGUUUAAGGAGAUACACUGCCUGACACCGAGAGGUCGUUACGACAUAAAGGUGUUCAUGUCGUUCUUCCAACUUCACGGCAAGACGUUCGACUACAAGAUCCCCCUGACGACAGUGCUGCGUCUCUUCAUCCUGCCGCACAAGGAUGGCCGUCAGACAUUCUUCGUGGUAAGCCUGGACCCGCCCAUCAAGCAGGGGCAGACCCGCUACCACUUCCUGGUGUUCCUGUUCGGGCUGGACGAGGAGGUGACCGUGGAGCUGCCCUUCUCGGAGGAGGAGCUGAAAGAGAAGUACGAGGGGAAGCUGAAGAAGGAGAUGUCUGGACCGACCUUCGAAGUGAUGGGCCAGGUCAUGAAGGCAGUCAUCAAUAGGAAGAUCACCGUUCCUGGUGGCUUUGUGGGGAAUUCCGGCACUCCGGCAGUGGGCUGCUCCUACAAGGCAGCUGCCGGCUUCCUCUAUCCUCUGGAGCGAGGCUUCAUUUACGUGCACAAGCCGCCCAUUCACAUCCGCUUCGACGAGAUCACCAGCGUCAACUUUGCCCGCAGCGGCGGCGGCACCAGGUCGUUCGACUUCGAGGUGGAAACAAAGUCGGGAGUGGUGCACACGUUCAGCAGCAUCGAUAAGGGGGAGUACAGCAAGCUGUUCGACUUCAUCACCGCCAAGAAGCUGCGUGUGAAGAACCGUGGAAAGUCUGACAAGCCGUCCUACAAGGACGACUUCAGGAACUCUGACGAGGACGAGCCAGACGCGUACCUGGCGCGUGUCAAGGCGGAGGCGGAGGAGCGCGACGAAGGAGGGGAGGAAGGGGAGAGCGAUGAGUCCACGGAUGAGGAUUUCAAACCGGAUCAGCAGGAGAGCGACGUGGCAGAGGAAUACGACAGUAAUCCCACCCCAACAGACUCCGACGAGGGCUCUGAUAAUUCGGGUGGUGGAGGAGAGGGAGAGAAGAAAAAGGUGGAGAAGAAAGAGAAGAAGCCUAAGAAAACAAAGACAGUUUCGGAGAAGCCGAGGAAGAAGCGCGCGAAGAAGGACAAGGACGAGAACAGGCCGAAGCGCGCGCCGAGCGCGUACAUGCUGUGGCUGAACGCCACCAGGGAGUCCAUCAAGGCGGACAACCCGGGCAUCUCCGUGACGGAGAUCGCCAAGAAGGGUGGCGAGCUGUGGCGGGAGCUCAAGGACAAGUCGGAGUGGGAAGCGAAAGCAGCCAAGGCCAAGGAAGAGUACACGGAAGCGAUGAAAGAGUACAAGGCGUCCGGCGGGGGCGCGGCAGACCCUGCCAAGAAGAAGGAGGCGAAGAAGGAGCCGAAGGAGGCAAAGAGGAAGGAGUCCUCUGCGGCCAAGUCGUCGUCGUCUCCGCAGAAGAACGUGAAGAGCAAGGAGUACAUCAGCGACGACGACUCGUCGAGCGACGACGAGGCGGCCAAGAAGAAACCGACAAAGCCGGCUGCAGAGGAGAAGAAGACGGUGAAGACAGAGCCGGCGGUUAAGAAGGAGAAAGGAUCUAGUGCAGAAGAAGAGGAGGAGGAGAUCGCCAGCACUCCGGCGUCGAGCGAUGCCGAAGAAUCUGGUUCAGCGUCCGGCGACGACUAGGCAGCGCUCAGGUGCCGGCCUGCUUACGCUCGACUCUCCGAUUCAUUGGCCAAGCCAUCGGAAAAGACUGGAGAACUUAAUUUUUUUUAUUUAUAUUUACUUAAAAAUAAACAUAUUUGUUGAUGCUUCUGUGGUGCAUUGAAGAGUGGUAAUUUACGUAAAAUCUCAUCUGAACCCGUUAUUUAUAUGAGGUAACAUUCCACUUAUUUGCCCUCAAGCUCAAACUUUUUUCCUUCAAAGUAAUGUUUGUAUAGUUUCAUAAAAUAAAGCAUUAAACUGUGAAUGUGGCUUUUGAGAGUUGUAUGAAAAUGUUUGAUAUAAAACUAACAUAAUUUUAAUUAAUGGUUUCUCCUACUGGUGUUUACUAACUUGUCACUUUUUUUUAUUAACAAUAAGAACCAUCACUGCCAUCAACUCCUGUGUAAUCACUAUGCCAGUGUGAAUAUUCAAUACUAACAUCACAAAAUAAUGAA